UCUCUCUCUCUCUCUCUCUCUCUCUCGAUCGAUCUUACUGGGGCACACAUCCACAGAAUCUGACCGAAGAAGGAGAAGAAGAUAGCCCAGCCCCAUUGUUGGGUAGCUCGUCGACAAUGGCGCCGCCCCCGGACAUGGCCAAGACGGCGAAGCUGGAGCGGUACAACAGCUACAUCCGCCGCGUGAACAGCACCAAGCUCCUCAACGCCUCCUCCAAGCUCCUCUUCCGCGCCACCCUCCUCAUCGCCCUCGUCCUCGUCCUCUUCUUCACCCUCAACUACCCCACGCUCUCCUCCGACCACCUCCCCCUCCGCCGCUCUUUCCUCUCCUCCGUCGGCGGCGCCGCCUGGGAGAAGCGGGUCCGCCACUCCUCCACCCCCCGCCGCCCCAACGGCUUCUCCGUCCUCGUCACCGGCGCCGCCGGCUUCGUCGGCUCCCACUGCUCCCUCGCCCUCAAGAAGCGCGGCGACGGCGUCCUCGGCCUCGACAAUUUCAAUGACUAUUACGACCCGUCCCUGAAGCGCGCCCGCCAGUCGCUGUUGCAGAAGCACCAAAUCUUCAUCGUGGAGGGCGACCUGAACGACGGGCCGCUGCUGACGAAGCUCUUCGACGUCGUCCCCUUCACCCACGUCCUCCACCUGGCGGCGCAGGCCGGCGUCCGCUACGCCAUGCAGAACCCCCAGUCCUACGUGGCCUCCAACAUCGCCGGCUUCGUCAGCCUCCUCGAGGUGGCCAAGAACGCCAACCCGCAGCCCGCCAUCGUCUGGGCGUCGUCGAGCUCCGUCUACGGCCUCAACACCGAGAACCCCUUCUCGGAGCUCCACCGCACCGACCGCCCCGCCAGCCUCUACGCCGCCACGAAGAAGGCCGGCGAGGAGAUCGCCCACACCUACAACCACAUCUACGGCCUCUCCCUCACCGGCCUCCGCUUCUUCACGGUGUACGGCCCGUGGGGCCGCCCGGACAUGGCCUACUUCUUCUUCACCAAGGACAUCCUCCAGGGGAAGCCCAUCGACGUGUACCGCACGCACGACGAGCGCGAGGUGGCCCGCGACUUCACCUACAUCGAUGACGUCGUCCGGGGCUGCCUCGGCGCCCUCGACACGGCUGAGAAGAGCACCGGCAGCGGCGGCAAGAAGAAGGCCCCGGCCCAGCUCCGGGUCUACAACCUCGGGAACACCUCACCGGUCCCAGUGGGGCGGCUGGUGACGAUCCUGGAGGCGCUGCUGGGGGCCAAGGCGAAGCGGCACGUCAUCACGAUGCCGAGCAACGGGGACGUGCCCUUCACGCACGCCAACGUUAGCCAGGCGUGGCGGGACUUCGGGUACAAGCCCACGACGGACCUGGCGACGGGGCUGAGGAAGUUCGUCAAGUGGUACGUAGGGUACUACGGGGUCCAGCCGAGGGCAAAGAAGGAACUCCGCCUCGGCACCACCACCAGCACCGACCGCCCUGGGGAAUCCGACUGACCGAUCACGUUCACAUGGUGGUGGUUUUCGCCCGUCUUCAAUUUUCUUCCCCAUUUCCCUUUUUCUUCUUCCCAUAUUAUUAUGAUCUCGUGGGAUCGAAACUGUGUCUAAAUUAUUUUUUUUAAAAAAACGUUAAAUUCGCCUGUAAAAUUGGGGGAACCAAUGGGUGUUUUUUUUUUUUUUGUAGCAUAUUUUUAUAUGGGGGGGAAAGAGAUAAUUAUAAAUAGAUUAUUCCACCAAAUAGAGGAAAGAGAACAUAAAGAUUGUGAAGAAGAUGAUGAAGAGAGAGAGAGAGAGAGAGAGAGAGAGAGAGAGAGAGAGAGAAAGGCUGUAGAUCUGUGAACUUUUUGGGGAGAAUGUAAUAAUGUGCGGUAGGGUCUACCAAAAAGGGUGGUAGAUCACCGCUUGAUUGUUGCAACCCAUGAAAGAAAGAAAGGAAAGAAAGGCAAAAGAAUUGUGAUUGAACAGCAAA